GGAAUAUAUGAUAGGUCCGGAACGUAUCUGUAUCGAUUUAGCUGAUACCCUAGGAAUGAACCACGAUUCUUAGCCAUAUCAAGCAGUAAAGCUCCCAUGCAGUCGCAUUGCCCCUCAUUUUUCCGUCGUCCAAAUCAACUUCCAGAAGGAAAGCCGGAUUAGUGCAGUACUCACAGUCGAAAUUUGAGUUCUUUUAUACACGCGUUCAUAAAAAUCUUCCUUCCUUUGAUAUUUAUAACUAGCACAUGAUUCCCAAAGAAGCGAAGAUGAAUAGAGUUAGCCAUGUCUGCUAAAACAGUCUGCCCUGUAGGCGCCGAUAGUCAGCUUGGCCCGCGAGUAGCCUUCGAUUGUCGCGCUUUUGAUUUCACACUUCUUUUUGAGGAUAUCUUUUUCGGCGCGCUCCCAGCAGCAGUCUUUUUGCUCAUCGUCGGUGUGAGAAUUCGCUAUUUGCAGGGCUCGAUAGUCAAGGUGAUCGGGCAUAAAUUGGCGGUUUCUAAAUUGAGCCUUCUAGCGCUUCUUUUUAUUCUACAGAUACUGUUCACAGCAUUUGUAUUAGAGACGCCUUCUAUUCAUACCAAGGCAUCGGCAUCUUCCGGAGUAUUAAACAUCUUUGCGACUUUUGCAGCCGUUGUCCUAUCAUAUCUCGAAGACCAACGAUCUUGUAAGCCGUCGGAUAUACUUGUCUUCUAUUUCUCUGUUCUUGGUCUUUUAGAAAUACCUCGUCUACGUUCAUUAUGGAUGACUCCUUCUGUCGAGGCCUGUCAGGGAUUGUGGACAGCAAUAUUCGUCGUGACUAUCAGCAUUGUGUUACUGGAAUCGGCUACAAAAAGCAAAUUUCUACGUCCCACAUAUCUUACAGUAUCUUCUGAAGAACUAUGUGGAUUUUGGGCACGGUCCUUCUUCGUCUGGGUGCUACCAUUAUUCCGUACUGGAUAUAGCACUGUCAUUAGCAUUAGUGAUCUACCUCAAUUAGACCAUGACCUAAAGGGGAAUACCGCAGAGGAGAAACUACAGGGCACCUGGAAAGAAGCUAAAGGUCGGCGUCGACUCAUCAAGGCACUUUUUUGGGCCUACAGUUGGCCAAUUCUCGCAGCUAUUGUGCCGCGGGUUUCUCUUAUCGUAUUCACCUUAUGCCAGCCGUUUUUGAUCGCUGCGACCGUGAACUGGAUAGGAUCAGAGGUCACCGAAGAGACUAGCAAGUACGGACAGGGGCUGAUUGGAGCGUACGUGCUUGUGUAUUCGGCCAUGGCGAUUACGACGGCUAUCUAUAAUCAUCAAAUAAAUCGCCUCGCCACGAUGAUUCGAGCCGGGUUAAUUUCUAUGAUUUAUAAAAAGACCACACUACUCAAAGCUAAUGAGUUCAAAGGUGCAGAAGCUAUUACACUUAUGGAAACUGAUGUUGACAAAAUCAUGACGGCUGUCAAGAAUUUACACGAGUCAUGGGCAUCCAUACUUCAAGCCGGAGUAGCAAUAUGGCUUCUUGAGCGCCAAGUAUAUGUAGCCUGCGUGGUACCGACCAUCGUUUCUUUAGCUUGUGUUUAUCUCACUGGCCCCGUUUCUUCUCGAAUAGGAGCUACCCAAAAGGCGUGGGUUGAACGAGUUCAACAAAGACUUGCUAUCACGUCUACUAUGCUGGGGAAUAUGAAAGCAGCUCAGAUGCUGGGACUUAGAGAGGUACUGUUUAAGAUCAUUAACGACUUCCGGGAGCUGGAAUUACUUGAAUCAUCACGCUAUAGGAAGCUUCUAAUUAUAGUUGCUGCGUUAUCCAAUGUACCACCAGACUUUGCUCCGUAUGCUAUGUUCUUGACAUAUGGAAUUAUCGCUAUCGUUGGGAAGAAUCAAACAUUGCUUACUGCCCAAGCAUUUGCAUCGCUUUCUUUAAUAUCGCUCGUCACUUCUCCUCUAUUGAUAUUCGUGCAGUCGAUCCCCAAUAUCAGGCAAGCAUCGGGUUGCUUUGAGCGUAUUCAAGAGUUUUUCCUUAAGGAUAUUGUAACUCCACGACGAUCUUGCUUGGCUAUUGAUGACGAAAAUUCGGGUGAGACCUCGCAUGAAGGGAUCGAGAUGUCCUCCAUGCCGACGAAUAAUUCGGUAGAGACGCAAUUGGUUGAGUUUAAAGACACAAGCAUAUCUUGGUCAAAGGACUCCGAAGUCGUUCUACUGAACUUGAAUAUCAGUAUUCACUCGAAUAAAGUCAUAAUGAUUGUCGGGCCUGUUGGAUCUGGAAAGUCUCUCUUUCUAGAGAGCAUGAUUGGUGAAACUACAAUCCGGCGAGGUACAAUUAAAAGCGCACUACUACUGCGAGCUGCAUAUUGCCCUCAAACGUCUUGGAUUAUAAACAAUACCAUCCGCCAUAACAUCACGGGUGGAUCUGAUUUCGAUCAGAAAUGGUAUGAUUUUGCCGUUUCAUCAUGCGCACUCCAAGACGAUCUGGAUAAAUUUCAAAAUGGAGACCAGUACGAAGCAGGAAGUGAUGGGAAUUCUUUGAGUGGUGGGCAGAAACAACGAGUGGCUCUUGCGCGUGCAGUGUAUUCCAGACUUCCAACCGUAAUUCUCGAUGACGUUUUCAGCGGACUGGAUGCUAGAAGCGUUAAUUUUAUUACGAAAAGUCUUUUCAGCCUGAAUGGCUACUUUCGUAAAUCGAAAACAUCCGUGAUCCUAGCAACGCAUAAUCUAAACCUUCUUCCGUACGCGGACGAGAUUAUUGUGUUGAAUGAUGGAAAGAUCGCCGACCAUGGCUCAUAUAGGGAUAUAAGUGCACGUAAUCCAGAAAUUAUCGCUGACUCGACGUUCAAGGAAGAGAAAAACAUCACUUCGCCCUCUGAAGAUGUCAUUAUCGAUGCAAGUGUUGCUCAAGUCCAACGUCAAGCUAACAAUGGGCAAGAUGGGAGAUUGAAGGAAACCGUGGAUGUCCUACGCAGAGAUGGGGUCUGGGCAGUAUACAAGUACUAUGUCCAAAGAGCUGGGCCUUAUGUUUGUGCGGUGUAUUUUGGCGUGGUAAUCGCUCAAGCCUUUACGGCGCAAUAUGCCACUGUAUGGCUUCAAAAGUGGUCAGCCGCGAGUGAAGAACAUCCAAAUAAUGAUAUAGCAAUGUAUCUAGGCAUAUACACCCUUAUAUUUGCCUGUUCAUUCAUAAGUUUUCUCAUCAGCUGCUGGUUAAUACUGAUGAAAAUUAUAACGAAUACUUCUCGUGGCCUACAUACUGAUCUUCUGAAAGCAACCCUUGGUGCCCCCAUCAGCUUCUUCCAGACGAACGAUAACGGGUCUUUGGUCAAUAGGUUUAGUCAGGAUAUCAGCCUGGUCGACAACCGACUUCCUAUAUAUGCAUAUAACUUCACAUCAGGCGUUGCAAUGUGCAUUGUGAUUUUGGUAUUUAUAUGUGUAAUGGGUAAAUAUUUCGCAAUAACCAUUCCAUUUCUCGUCGCCAUCCUAUGGGCAGUCCAACUCUAUUACUUGCGCACAUCACGGCAAGUUCGACUGCUUGACAUUGAAGCGAAAGCACCGCUCUAUUCACAGUUUAUGGAAACUGUUGCUGGGGUUUCCGUAAUCCGAACAAUGAACUGGCAUGCUCAAUUUCAAAGCCAAUGCGAAGACCUACUCAAUCGCUCUCAGAAGCCACUGUACAUGCUAUAUUGCAUACAGCAGUGGUUGAAACUUGUUCUUGACUUGAUAGUGAUGGCAAUGGCUGUCAUUAUAGUGACAACAGCGACUCUUCUGAAUGGCCAGAUCAGCCCUGGUGCUAUUGGUGUUGCGUUGACCCUUGUCCUGAUGUUCAAUGAAAACUUGACCAAUAUGAUACAAUCAUGGACCCUUACAGAAAUUUCAAUUGGUGCCGUUGCACGUAUUCAACGGUUUGCUACAGACACUCCCUCAGAAAAACGCCUGGUAUGCAAUCCUGCUCCUUCCUGCCAUGAAUGGCCAUCCAAAGGAGCUGUGCAAUUUGCAAAUGUCACUGCUAGCUAUAGCGAGGACAUGUCGCCAGUACUCAAAAAAGUGUCUUUAACCAUUGAGCCCGGCCAGAAAGUUGCCAUCUGCGGCACAUCUGGAAGUGGAAAGACAUCAUUGAUACUUAGCUUGCUUCAAAUGAUUGAUUUGCAAUUCGGAAAAAUUUUUAUCGACGGCAUUGACUUGGCGACACUGGAUCGAGACGACAUUCGUGGACGGAUAAGUGUCAUCCCACAGGAACCAUUCUUCAUACCAGGUAGUCUCAAGUUUAAUCUUGAUCCUCAUAAUAGAGUCUCCAAUGAAAUUAUAGAAUCCUCACUCAAUAAAGUCGGCUUGUGGGCUCGAGUUAAGGCUGAUGGUGGACUCAAAAUGGCCUUUAUCGCAUCCGACUGGUCCGUGGGCGAAAGGCAAUUAUUUGCUCUGGCGAGGGCAUUGGCUUUACGAAGCCCCAUUCUGAUUCUAGAUGAGGCCACUAGCAGUGUGGAUUGGGAGACGGAAGCGACAAUGCAACAAAUUAUCGACAAGGAAUUUGCCGCCAAGACAGUCAUUGCAGUUGUUCAUCGCCUAAGAUUUAUUUCCCAGUAUGAUAAAGUCGCUCUUUUAAAGAGUGGGGAGCUGAUGGAGUACGGGGGUCCUCAGGACUUGCUGAAUAUGAACUCUGAGUUCAAAAAAUUGCAUGAGUCCGUGCAAAUGAGUCGAUGAAUACUUCUCCGCUACAGUUGGGCUGCGCUAUCAUUUCGAUGACUUAAAAAUUCACAACUAGGUGGGCGUACUCUACUAAAAUCAGCCAUCUUAAAUGUAAUGCUGUUAAUGUGACAAACUAUGUCACGUUUCAUUUCAACCUAACUUCUCCUCAACCAACUGAGCCGUCUGCAAAGCCUAAUAGAGCACCCCCCCCCUUGAACUCUUAACUGGGGUAUAUUUAGAGCUAUAUUGGAACCCUGGGGCUUCUUUGAUUUUUGUUUCAUGUCAAAAUAAGUAUACUUUUGUUCAGAUAUAGACGCGCUUCAUCACAGAAUGAUCAGGAACGCUCAGCCGAUGUUAUAAGUACAGAAAUUGUGGCAAUAAGUCAGGCUCACACGUUGUUCAAAAGCAAGAGUAAACCAAUAUUAUUUAAAUGUUAU